CUGCGGCGGGUUGUUGUUUGUGACCGGGCCGCCGCCAUGUUGGGACGGUGCGCUUUGUUGUAGAGGAGGAGGGAGGGAGCGGGCCCCGGGGUAGUGGUGAGGGGGCACCGGAGUAACACACCUCCGGAGGGACUGCUCGCUGAGGGGAAGGGGAAUUUAAAAAAAAGGCAGCGAUUACAACAAGUGGCGGGCACAAGAUGAGAGUGAAGCUGGGAGACCGUUAGGGGACCGGGAGUGGACCGGAGCUGCGCCGAGCCAUGCCAUACCCUUCUGCAAACCAAGGAUCUCUUCAGCCCCAAACCCAAAAGCACUAUGGUAUUACAUCCUCAAUUAGUUUGGCGUUGCCAAAAGAAAAUGAUUAUGUGCUUACCCAGAAACUUAUUGAGGCACUAAAACCUUACGGAGUUUUUGAAGAGGAGGAAGAGUUGCAGCACAGAAUUGCAAUUCUUGGAAAGCUAAACAGCCUAGUGAAAGAGUGGAUCCGUGAUAUCAGUGAAAUUAAGAACCUUCCUCCAUCUGUAAUAGACAAUGUUGGUGGCAAAAUAUUUACUUUUGGUUCAUACAGAUUAGGAGUGCAUACAAAAGGUGCUGAUAUUGAUGCAUUAUGCGUUGCACCUCGUCAUAUUGAAAGAGUUGACUUCUUCUCCUCCUUCUGUGAAAAGCUGAAGCAGCAAGAUGAAGUAAAAAAUUUACGGGCUGUUGAAGAGGCAUUUGUACCAGUCAUUAAACUAUCCUUUGAUGGUAUAGAGAUUGAUAUAUUGUUUGCAAGAUUGGCUCUUCAGACAAUCCCUGAAGAUCUGGAUCUUAGAGAUGAUGUGCUACUUAAAAACCUGGACUUGAGGUGCAUUAGAAGUCUUAAUGGUUGCAGGGUCACUGAUGAGAUAUUACAUUUAGUACCAAAUAUUGAAAAUUUUAGACUGACACUGAGAGCGAUUAAAUUAUGGGCAAAGCGUCACAACAUUUAUUCUAACAUACUAGGCUUUCUGGGUGGUGUGUCAUGGGCCAUGUUGGUGGCAAGGACAUGCCAACUGUACCCCAAUGCUGUUGCAUCAACCCUAGUACACAAGUUCUUCUUGGUUUUUUCAAAAUGGGAAUGGCCAAAUCCUGUUUUAUUAAAACAGCCUGAGGACUGCAAUCUCAAUUUGCCAGUAUGGGAUCCACGGGUUAACCCAAGUGACAGAUACCACCUCAUGCCAAUUAUUACACCAGCCUACCCACAACAAAACUCAACGUACAAUGUUUCUGCAUCUACCCGGGCUGUAAUGAUGGAGGAGUUCAAGCAAGGUCUUUCGAUCACAGAUGAAAUUUUAAUGGGUAAAAUGGAAUGGUCCAAACUCUUUGAAGCUCCAAACUUCUUUCAAAAGUACAAGCAUUAUAUUGUUCUACUGGCGAGCGCCCCAACGGAAAAACAGCACUUAGAAUGGGUGGGAUUGGUGGAGUCUAAAAUCCGAAUUCUAAUUAGCAGCUUAGAAAAGAAUGAGUUUAUUACUCUGGCUCAUGUUAAUCCACAAUCAUUCCCAGCUCCAAAGGACAACCCUGAGAAAGAUGAAUUCAGUACCAUGUGGGUCAUUGGGAUAGUCUUUAAGAAAGUGGAAAACAGUGAAAACCUGAGUGUUGACCUGACAUAUGACAUUCAGUCAUUCACAGAUACUGUUUACAGACAAGCAAUGAACAGCAAAAUGUUUGAAACGGAUAUGAGGAUAGCAGCAAUGCAUGUGAAAAGGAAGCAGCUCCAUCUCCUCCUACCCAGUUAUGUUCAGCAAAAAAAGAAAAAGCAUUCACUGGAGGGGAACAAAGCCAACUGUGAAGAUGAAAAUAGCAUGGAAGCCUCACUGGACAGUGAUCACAGCCUGCUAGUGCCUUCUAGUCCGUUACAGAAUGCCAACAGUCCACAGAGCAGUCCUGUUACUGCUGCGUCAACAGUGAAUGUGAUCAGUGUUCCGAGUUUUGAAUCCCAGGUGGAAUUGGAAGCCAUCUUUUCCAAAGGAAAUUCCAUUUCCAACACAGAGGGUGCAGCUGCAUCAUCCAGUGACCACAUUCCUCAUGCCUCUCCUGUAUCAGCUUCUACUGAGCAGCCAAAAUCAGCAGUCAUCCUGGUUUCAUCCACAUACGUCAGCAGUCAGCCUGCAAGUUCAACGCCAAAGGCAUCCAUUACCACCACCUCUGUAGGGAAGAGACCAACAUCACCUGCUGCAAAUGAUUCUGCAAAGGCUGAGGAACCUGCAACAAAUGGGGUACCAGUGGAUCAGAAUCUAUCAAAAGGUUUAAAGAGAACAUCUACACAGAUAACUGAAGGCUCACCAAAGAGAAAAAAGUUGGAUGGAUCUGCCUCUGUGAAGGAGCAUGGUGACUGUUCAACAAGUCCUAUUUGUGAGAAAAAAAUUGAUGAAAAUGUGAAGGAUACUGAGUCUGAAGAAAAGACGCUGCCAACCCAAUCCAAGACUUCGGUCUCACAGGAACCAACAAGCACAGAACUUUCUGAUGUCUCCUCCCUUCCUGUAAACCCUAUUCCAGUAGUUAAAAAUUCAAUAAAGCUGAGGCUGAAUCGGUAAAAUUGUUACCACUCCUGGGGCCAUAGAACAUGAAAGACGUGCAUGCACAUGCACAGAAUGAAUACCUAUGGGAAGAGUUAUCAUCUGUUUGCUGGCUGCAGAUUCCUCCAUGGAAACAUUUUAAAACGUUCUUUGGACAAAGGUGAUGGUGGUAAAUGGUGAAGUUGGACGAUAAAGGCUGUAGAUUUUUUUUUAAACAUGUCCUCAAAGACUUGAUCAUUGUCGAAUCUGGAGUCUGGUAGAACUCGACCAGUGAUAUGGAUGCACUGCGGACUGACUGGUCAUGCAGCGAGUGCAUCUUGGCGGAGUACUGCUGAUGUGUUGGCAACAGUUAUGUUAGUUGAAACAGUUUUUUCCAAGAACCUUUCCCCCCUCCCCCCCACUUUCUGUUACUUUUGCUCUUAAACUGCCUGCAAUUGUGUAAAGGUUUUUAAAAUUGUUUUUGUUGACCAAUUGUUCAUCAUAUGGGCAUUACUUGCGAAUUUAGGAUAGUGGUGGUAUUGAGGGAGAUUCAGUAUGGAAGGACCCUUAUACUGGGACAUCCCAUUAUUGAUAUCAGAGCACUAAUCUUCUUUGAUCCAGAUGAUUCAUUCAAGCAAAAACGUGAAAUGAGAGUUUUGUUCCUGGUGCACCUUGCACCAGGAAAGGGGACAAAGGCUGCUGCUAUUCCUCAGUUUUUAUUCUUCGUAUGCUGAUUUUUGCGGAGUUAGAUACUGAUUUGACUUCUAGUUUGUGCCGCUGUCAGGAAUGGGUUGUCUUAAAAUUAAAGUUUUGUUGGUUGGUUCAUGACUGGAAGGUGUCAUGUUAAGAUACUGAACAUUUCAAUUUGAAGCUGGUUUCAGAUCAUACCUAAAUGGAUAGGGUUCGAGAUCUACUGCCACUAGGAUGAAUAACCGCUUAACCAACAUUAAAACACUUCCCAGCCAAUUUUCAAUCUAGUGUAAAACUCAUCCAUAUUUGACAUUGAUUGAAUGCAAUUAUAUUUGACAUUGAGACUCUUGGGUGAACUUUACCUGCUUGUAAAAAGUAAACUUUGUGCUUCUGCAUGGUACAUGGUUCUGCAAACUGCAUGGCCCAAAUGCAUACAUGAAGCAUGCCAAACUGGAUUUAGGAUUCACCUUGUUCAGCUAGGAUUCUGCUGUUUUGAAAUAGAGUUGUUUACCUUGAUCCAUUUGACCAUGGACAGUUCCACUGCAUAUCCCUAGCAUGCCAGCGAUUCUUUCUUUUCCUUAAAACUACCAUGAGAAAUGUUAUAUUUUUUAAAGACUAAAACUUUCUUCUUUGGAUUGGUACAACAACAAAAAAAUUCUUGUUUGUCCUCCAAAGCUUAUCUUUUUUUAAAUCUUCAAGGCAAAGUCUGUGGGGGUGAAUGUUCUGUAGGCAUGUGAUGCCAAGUAUAUCAAAGUCUGUCACAUAACUGUAUGAAGGGAAAGUCUUAUUAAUUCUAUGAUCCAGGAUGUAUUAUGUCAGCAUUGAGAUACAUAAUGGCAGCAUGUCAGGAAAACAGACUCUUUCUCAAAUUUAAUGCAUCAAUACAGCACAGUAACAUUACAGCUACUAUUAAGAUUCAUAUUUUUUGGAGACAGGCUUGCACUUGCAAAAUAAAAUUAUAGUAAAGGGAGUUCUGUAAGCCAGUCACACUUGGAUUUAAUUUUUUUUUAAUUGCAAAAUAAUAGCACAUAUGAUUCAUGCUUAGCCAUGCCUGAAUUUGAGUUGCUUGACAUGAACAGGUUGGUUGUUAGCUCAGUCUAAACUAUUUCACUUAUUGUCAGUCUGGGUACAUCAUCUGCGGACCGCAAGGUGUUAUUAUCUCUGGUUCUCCGUUGUAAAACUCCAGUGCUCAAGUUUUUAAUGAGUUGAUGGAGGAUUUCCUCCAUGAAUUGAAUCCUUUGUGUUUUCAUUGACUAUAAUACUUGAAACUAUUUUUCAUCAGUUUAUUAAAAACAAGAGUGAGCUUUGCAAUAUUGUAAACUUUUGUCUGAGAAGUGCUUUUGAAAGUACUAACAUUUUAUAGUUUUGAUUCUAUUUUAAUUUAUAAACAUGAGGACCACCCUUUUAACAUCACAUCUCUAUCCCAUGCAGAGACCCUAAGAGUGAGACUAUACUGUUAACUAAAAAGGUAAUGCAUUUGCAAACCUCAUUAAACUUGAAAUGUGGGCAGUUGAAAUAAUUGUGAAAUGGUUGACUCACUCUGGCAGAGCUGAGUUAUCUAUCUUUGCAGAAUUAUUUAUUGUAUAACUCAGUUGCCUAUGUUCCAAGUUUACUAAUUUUUUAAGGUUUUUUUCCCCAAUUUUUUUAAAACUUUGAAUGUACGAUAAUUCAAAUGGGCUUAAAAAAUCAUCAGGUCAUUUACUAAACUGUAAUAUUUUGUAAAUUAUUCCAUGUUUUUAUAUGCAUGGUGGACUGCCAAGAUUUUUGUUCAAACGGGUGGUAGGGAGAGAGCACUGUUCCAAUGAAAGGAGCCAUUUGAAAUUUUCUGGUAAUUGACCAAUGCAGUCUCUGCAAGAAAUAGAGCCUUCCUUUUAUUCUGACUGACUCAUCUCUACCAAUUUAUUUAUAAAUGGUAGUUAAUGAUUUAUGCUGAAAUCGGUGUUUCUGCCACUAGCGAUUCUAGUGGUAUUUAGAAACACCUGUUUAGGUUUGCUUUCUAUCUGACAGCAGCUCCUUUGGUGAGAAUGAGCGGUUGUAUAAUAAAGAUAGAAGCAGCUAUGAUUGUGCUCUUACAGCUAGACAGCCAUUGAAUUGGAGUUCUUCAUUGUGAUUUCCUCUGACGGCAGACAUGCAGUCAGCUCCUUCCAUCCUCUGCUUUCCUGUAGUGGCUGGACUGUGGUGGGCCAGAGAGAUUCAAAGUUAUAGGAAAAGGAAAAAAAAUUGAUUAAAAAAGUAAGAAAAUGGGUUAGGAACAUGCAUUUUCUGAAUGAAGGACUACAUUAGCCUUUGCUGAUAAAGGCCACCUCUUUUAAAUGCAGUAGAGAAUAAAUGCAGCAGAUUUUGUAUUCAGAGCAUUGAAAAAAAAAGCCUGGGUAGCCUGAUCUUUGCCUGUCAAAGAGCUAUCCAGUCUCGUUGCAUGUCCGUAGUAGGAAGAGAGUUGCUCAAUUAAUUUUAUGUAGGAGUAAUGAAAUGAAUGCUGACUAACCAAGAAAGUGCUUGCAUUGUAGCCUAUUGCAUAUUGUAAUGUCUGAGGAAUUUUUUUGUGCAAAAAGACAUUAUCUUUUUUUUUUGAAGAGACCCAUAACUAACAUCAUCAGGGAUCCUCUUAAUUUUAUUAUUAAUAUCCUAAGAAAUUGGAUUGAGAAGAAAUCUUGAUGUGCAGAAAACAAGUGUAUGGCAGGGAUGACUUUUUGGCAUAUAUCCAUUGUGCCAUUUGAAUUGCAAUAUGAGAUGCACUUGUAAGUGUGGGUUUGCGGCAGUUAUGUGAAGGUCUCAGGAAUGUCAGGGUUCAUACGCACAAGUGCAUGGCAUUGAUGAGUGCCAGGCUGAUGAGCCCUUAAGCUUACUUCCUAUUCAGGUGCAUUUGCAAUAAACAAAAUAAGAUUCUCUCCAACAGCCCACAACCACCACCACCACCACCACCAACUUUAGCUCACAUUAAAGCUAAAGCUGUAAUUCCAAACAUUCCUAGAAAGAUAAUCAUACAGGUUGUUUAUACCCAUCAUAGUUGACCCAUUUACCCAUCUUUGGACUUUCUUUUAGUGACUAGAUGGGAAAUUGAAUAAGACUUAGAUUUUAACAUGGCGGCAGCAGCUCGAUGUUAGGUACAACAUCUGCUUGGGCCUUUCACCAGUGUUCUGUUUUCAAUCUGUUUGAGCCAUCUAUAUUAAGAUCUUUAACUGUUAUCUUUUUGAAUGCCAUUGUGUGCUAAGCUGCUGGUUUUCCCCAUGGGAGCACAUGCAUGACAGUUAAAGCACAUUAACUGCAGCUGAAGACCCUUGUAAACCAGCAUUUUUUUUAUUCGAAUAUAAAAUGGUGCUGUAUUGACCUGUUCUCAUUUAGCAGGGUGAUUGAUAACUGGCUUUUAUGGAAUUGAAAGAAAACAUGUUGCAACAGUCAUUUUCAGGAAUCAAAAUGUUUCUGUUCAUCUGCCUGAAUGUGAAGUAAUACCGGGUUGUGGUUGGGUGGGCUAUUUGUGGACAAGCAAGAACUUUAAAAGCUUUCAUGUGAAUGCACCUAGUGUUCUGCCAAGAAGAGUGCUAAAACUAACUUUUUUCAUUGUUGGUGAACUAGUCAUAGUUUUUCCUUCCUCACAGUUUAACUGUUGCUUUCGCAAGCUGUACUCUGCGGCUCACAGAUGGAGUUCUGUUUUUUUUUUCAUAGUGUCUGUACACUAGUAAUUUUCAAAAGCUAUUUUGUAUAGAGAUGUAUUUCUUCAUUUAAAAUAAAAAAAUAAAAAUGCAGCACAGAA